CCUGAUUUAGUUUAGUUGCGAUCGUCUCCGUGAUGAGAUCAAUUCAAGGGAGGAAAAUCUUGGUAGUAAUAUGUGUUUUGGGUGCAGUUUCAGGCUUUAGCCUUGCUGAUGUGUAUUACUCGCCCGAACAGUUGUUCAACAAUCGGAUGAGUAGUCUACAAACGACGAUCUUGAAACAUCUUGAUGAACGCUUGGACUCUUUUGAACGAAGAAUCGAACGAAAGCUUGGCCAACAGUUGACAGCAAUGCAGAGAGCAACAGACAACAAAUGGCUUGAGAUUGAUGACAAAAUUCUUGUGCUGAAGGGUGUUAUCCAACAAAACUCCGGAGCCUACUUCUCGUCCUGCCGAUAUGUCCCAUCGGAGUUCAGUAACGUCUUUAUGAUACGCCCCUCGGGCGUGAACACUCAGCCAUUCAUGGCUUACUGCGAGCAGAACUAUCUCGGAGGUGGCUGGAUCGUGAUCCACAAACGUUUCGACGGAUCGGUUGAUUUCAAUCGGAACUGGGCCGAGUACAGGGAUGGUUUUGGGGAACUGGACGGUGAACACUGGAUGGGACUUGAGAAAAUUCACAGGAUCACUCGAACCGGCCAAUAUGAGCUGUUGGUGGUGCUGAAAGAUUUCGAUGGGGAUUCCAAAAUGGCGCUGUACGACGGGUUCAAGGUUGACGAUGGGGGUGCAAAGUUCAAGCUUUUCCUGGAGCGGUUCGUGCACGGAAAUUUGGGGGAUUCGUUGGAUGUGAGCAAAGGGGCGAGAUUCUCGACGUAUGAUCAGGACAAUGAUCAAAAUCCGGAUGGUUCGUGUGCCCAAUACUACACCAGCGGGUGGUGGUUCAAAAAUUGUAUGAAUGCAAAUUUAAAUGGGCCCUACCGACAACACGAUAAAGACAACAAGACUAUGAAUUGGUUCGCUUUCCACAAUAAUUUACAGGGACUGAAGGAGGCUUCUAUGAUGAUUCGUGAGAAAGUGACUGUUGUAUGAUAUAUAGCCAUAGUUAUACAAACCUUUUCCCGGUGAUAUCCAUGAUUGUAACGUAUAAAUUCCCUUAGAUGAAAUAAAACUUCCAAGUUACAGCUACGGUAUCCAAGAA